AUAUAGUUCAAGUUGAUUAGAUAUAGAUAUAUCUUACUUUUAUGUAUAAAAUAUAAGUAGUUUGGUUACUUUUAACGUUCGGUAUAUUUUGGAAAAAAAUAAUAAUUAUAAUCGGAAGAACCUGUCAAUUGUAUCAUGGCGGUUGAAGCAAGAAUGAAGAGAUAUAAAAAAGUGCCUCCUGACGGUGGAUACGGAUAUUGCAUUUUAGUGGCGUGUACUGUAAAUAUGAUUUCAUCAACAAUGUUCUACGUAUGCUUCGGGAUGAUUUACCAGGACUUCUUUAAUAAGCUGGGCAUCGGGACCACCGGCAUCAGCCUGCUGACUGGCAUCAGAGCUGUGAGCUUCGCACUCGCAGGUUUCGUGUCAGGGCUGCUAAUGAAAGUGUUGAGCCGCCGCCAGAUGGCGCUGGUGGGCGCCACAUUCUACAACUCAGGCAUGUUCGGAACCGUGUUUGUUGAAACUGAGGCGCUCUUUAUAUUCUGUCAAGGAUUUUUACAGAUGGUCGGUAUAGGUUUCAUUUAUGCGGUGACAUGUACGUGUAUCAAUGAUUAUUUUGUCGACAAACGGCUUCUAUCCACCGGCAUCGUGCAAACCAUGGCAGCCACUUCAGCAAUGGCGGCACCUAUGAUUGUGUCAUGGACCAUGUCUGAUUACGGAUAUCACUGCACUUUGAUCGUGAUAUCGAGCGUGGGCAUGCAGAGCUUCGUGGCAGCAAUGCUGCUGCAGCCGGUGGAGUGGCACAUGAAGAAGGUUGAGAUCACUGAGUCGGAGCAUAUUACAUUGAUGGAGAAAGAGAAAGAAACACCGGAUCAGCCUGAUUUAACUGUCACCAGUAAGGGCAGUACGAGCAGCAUGUUCGUGAAGAUAAAGACCGUACUUGAUUGGGAGAUGCUGAAGAAGUACGGACGUACCAGCUGUUGCCUCCACAGUCCGACUGCCUUGUUUGCAGACAUCCUGUUCAUGUUCAACUUCGCGCAGGCUUUGUAUGCUAUAGGCUGGAAUGAAGACCAGGUGAAAUGGUGUUUUUCUGUGAUCGCCUUCGGGGAUCUGGCGUUCAGAGUGAUCCUCAUGGUUUUCAGCAGGUGGCUGAGGCGGCUGAGCAACCGCUCCAUUUAUUUGCUUGGGUUGUUCCUUGCUACGGCCACGAGAAUUGGUCUGCUCUUAAUUUCUGACUACAUCGGGACUCUGGUAUGCCUCGCCGUAUUAGGCGUAUCUCGCUGCAUACUGGUGAUAAUGUACCCCCUUGUGGUGUCCGACCAGGUCACACCAGACCAGUUUCCUUUGGCCUUCGGUCUGAGCAUCGCCAUAUACGGAGUUGUCAGUAUCUGCUGCGGACCUAUUGUAGGCGCCAUUCGCGACGCGACCAACAACUACACGAUCCUGUUCUCGAUCGUGAUCGCGUUCCUGUCUGUUACCACCGCGGCCUGGGCCGCCGAGAUGUUCCGCGACUGCACACGGCAGAGACGAGAGAAACGACCACAUAAAAAUCAAUAAAUGUUAUAUUACCAUAUGUUUCAUUAUAAACUACUGAGGUUUUAAUCAGAUGCAACUACGUUUAUACUGGCUAUUAUAUUACUAUUGUAAGUACGUGCUACUAUAUUGAUGUGAUUUUGUUUACUCCACUUAUUGAUUGACGGUUGAACUGGUUUU